GGACACACAAGCAGGAAUAUCUCAGAAGGACAUCUAAUGUUAUCCCCGGAUUGUGACAUAAAAGAUAAUGACAGUAGACAGGAUUCUCCAGGAGAUAACCCCAUUACCCCAAUUAUACAUCCAGCUCUAUCAGCUGAUCCCUCUGAUACUGGGAAAUGUUCUCCUGAUCACUCUGAUAUUGGUGCAUCUGUUACAGCUCUGACAGUAGAUACAGUGUUUCCUUGUUCUAUAGAUGCCAAAUGUUUUACACAGAACACAAAGCCUAUUAACCCACACACAGGUAAGGUAGGUGAAAGGCCACUGAUAUGUUCUGAGUGUGGGAAAUGUUUUACAUACAAAUCACAGCUUGUUAUACAUCAGAAAAGUCACACAGGUGAGAGGCCAUUUUCUUGCUCUGAGUGUGGGAAAUGUUUUGCACGGAAAUCACAUCUUGUUAUACAUCAGAAAAGUCACACAGGCGAGAGGGCAUUUUCUUGCUCUGAGUGUGGGAAAUGUUUUGCACAGAAAUCACAUCUUAUUAAUCAUGAGAGAAGUCACACAGGUGAGAAGCCAUUUUCUUGCUCUGAGUGUGGGAAAUGUUUUGCACAGAAAUCACAUCUUAUUAAUCAUGAGAGAAGUCACACAGGUGAGAGGCCAUUUUCUUGCUCUGAGUGUGGGAAAUGUUUUGCAUGGAAAUCACAUCUUGUUAUACAUCAGACAAGUCACACAGGCGAGAGGCCAUUUUCUUGCUCUGAGUGUGGGAAAUGUUUUGCACGGAAAUCACAUCUUGUUAUACAUCAGAAAAGUCACACAGGCGAGAGGGCAUUUUCUUGCUCUGAGUGUGGGAAAUGUUUUGCACAGAAAUCACAUCUUAUUAAUCAUGAGAGAAGUCACACAGGUGAGAAGCCAUUUUCUUGCUCUGAGUGUGGGAAAUGUUUUGCACUCAAAUCAGAUCUUGUUAGACAUCAGAGAAGUCACACAGGUGAGAAGACGUUUUCUUGCUCUGAGUGUGGGAAAUGUUUUGCACUCAAAUCAGAACUUGUUAGACAUCAGAGAAGUCACACAGGUGAGAAGCCAUUUUCUUGCUCUGAGUGUGGGAAAUGUUUUGCACAGAAAUCACAUCUUAUUAAUCAUGAGAGAAGUCACACAGGUGAGAAGCCAUUUUCUUGCUCUGAGUGUGGGAAAUGUUUUGCACUCAAAUCAGAUCUUGUUAGACAUCAGAGAAGUCACACAGGUGAGAAGCCAUUUUCUUGCUCGGAGUGUGGGAAAUGUUUUGCACAGAAAUCACAUCUUAUUAAUCAUGAGAGAAGUCACACAGGUGAGAAGCCAUUUUCUUGCUCGGAGUGUGGGAAAUGUUUUGCACAGAAAUCACAUCUUAUUAAUCAUGAGAGAAGUCACACAGGUGAGAGGCCAUUUUCUUGCUCUGAGUGUGGGAAAUGUUUUGCACUCAAAUCAGAUCUUGUUAGACAUCAGAGAAGUCACACAGGUGAGAAGCCAUUUUUUUGCUCUGAGUGUGGGAAAUGUUUUGCACUCAAAUCAGAACUUGUUAGACAUCAGAGAAGUCACACAGGUGAGAAGCCAUUUUCUUGCUCGGAGUGUGGGAAAUGUUUUGCACAGAAAUCACAUCUUAUUAAUCAUGAGAGAAGUCACACAGGUGAGAGGCCAUUUUCUUGCUCUGAGUGUGGGAAAUGUUUUGCACUCAAAUCAGAUCUUGUUAGACAUCAGAGAAGUCACACAGGUGAGAAGCCAUUUUUUUGCUCUGAGUGUGGGAAAUGUUUUGCACUCAAAUCAAAUCUUCUUAUACAUCUCAGAAGUCACACAGGUAAGAAUCCAUUUUCUUGCUCUGAGUGUGGGAAAUGUUGUCUAACAAGAUGUGAUUUACUUACACAUCACAGAAGUCACACAGGUGAGAAGCCAUUUCUAUACUCUGAGAAAUAAAUCAUCUCUUGUUGCACACAAUAGGCAUCACUCAGGUGAGGAACCAUUUUAAUCUUCUGGAGUAUACUUAUCAUUGCCAUGCGUUGUUCUUCAAGGUUCUUUACCUAUCCUAUGCUUUUUGCAAUAUACAUGCUACUGGUGGGUGAAAUAAUCUUCACACCACGUACAGCAAUAUAUGCUUUAUGGCAGGCAUGUCCAAACUGCGGCCCUCCAGCUGUUGAGAAACUACACAUCCCAGCA